AUGAUACUGCAAAAAACAUUCAAACAGAUAGUAGUAGGAAUAGCUGCACUAGCUUAUUUCCAAAGUGCCACUUGCAGCUUAGAAGAGAAAGACAUGCAAAAGAUAAGAGACUAUUGGGCUAAAAGGUCAAAUGUGAUGAACAAAGAGAUUCAGACUCGCAGUGAUUUUCUUAACAGAGCAAAUUCUUUUAUCAAUGAUGCAAAGUUAUCUCCAGCCUCCAAAAAACAUAUGGAAGAAGGAAGAGGGAGCCUAUCAGAGAUAGAAACAAGAUUUUUAGCUCUUGAUAGAAACAUACACGCCAUAGCAGAAAAAACAAAAAAAUCGACAAGUCUACACAGCAGUAGUGAAUUUACCCAGGGAAUGAAAAAGUCGCACGAUAGCUUGGAUAAGCUCCUUCUGAAAACUCUUGACGACAGUGAUUCAGUGAGAGAAGGAAUAAGAAAGUUUGAUUCAAACAUGCUGAAAGUAAUAGAAGAGUGCAGCAGCCAAAUGAAGGACACAAGCAUACACGACCUAACUCUGUUUAAGCUAGCAAAGAGCAACAAGCCUUUUGCCAUGAACAUGAUAUACACGCUUUUCAAGAUAAGUCCAUUUAAACCAGGCGUUAACAUAGAUGACACAGUGGAUUCUAUUUUCAGAACAUUCUCAAGCUACAUUGAUGGGUUUGACUUCAGUUUUUUGACUUACAAAAAAGCCAUAAAAAAUGAAGUAAAACAAGGUAAAACGGAUCUGCUAAUUUUAGCAGAUAAGUAUCUUCACUUACUGCUAACCACAAACAAAGAUGUGAUGGUCAUUUAUCUUGAUCUUCUAAAAGAAGAUUAUUCUGUUGAAGAUCGGGACCUAAAAAUCACGCCAGUCCAGUUUAUGAAGAUGAUAAUAAUAGAGUAUAUAAUGUCGGGGUGUUUUAUGGACUACAGAAGAAACACUUUGUUUCUCAAUCUUGGAAAAAUAAUAGAAAGCAUAGGAAGACCAGCUAAUAGCAGCACAGAAAAAAGCUCUGAAGACAUAGAAGAAGCAAGAAGAAAACAGAAUAAGAUACUUGAUGUGCUGAGCAUGGCGUGGAGUGACUAUAGUGUACCUGGGACAACUAUAAGCUUCAGAGAGGUCGAAUCCUUCUACAAGGAGAAAAUUAUAGAGUCCACUGACAUCAGAACUAUCCAGAUCGAUUUUGCAUCAGCUGCAUGGAUGUACAAACUGGAUAUAGCCAGCCCAACCAAACAAGAGCUAGCCAGAGACCCGACAUUGCUCAAAAAAGUAUGCUUUGACAUGUCUUACAUCCACCCCAUGCGCUAUAUUUAUCAGAGAUAUAAGGAUGUAAGCCGGUUUGCAAAGAAAAAUCCAGAAAACAGCGGCAAACUUUUUGCAGAAAAGUAUUCAAAUGGCAUUGUUACAUUCAGAAUGUGCGAACUAAGCGCAAACGACGACGAUCUUGUGCAGGCAGAGAUGAUGAAGAGCUGUAUUAGAGCAUGGUUUCUAGAGUCCAUUGUGCUUAUCAGCAGGAGAGAAGACGGCCAGGAGUACCGUGACGUAGUUUAUGAUUUUGACAGAUAUUUGAAUAGAUCGCACUACGUGAAUGAAGUGACAAUAGCACCUAAAGAGCUAGCCGAAACCAAGGGAAAGAAAGGAAGCUCUUUGCAAAAUAGUCAAGUAGAAUCUGACGAGGAAGACUUUGAGGUAGUUCAGUCGCCGCAGAUUUACUAA